AUGUCUGAAUGGUUAAGAGAUUUGCCUCUGAAUGGUUAAGUAUUAUACAGAGUCUGAAUGGUUAAGACCUCUUAUCUGAAUUGAUCAGACAUUUGCCUCUGAAUAGUUAAGCAAUAUACUAGCUCUUAAUGGUUCAGACCUCUUACUGGUUCAGCACUUAAUGGUUCAGACUUCUUACUGGUACGGAGCAAACGAAGGAUGCGAUGUGGGAUCGUAUCGAGGAGAAGUUCUUCACGGCGAUGAAGAAGGACGGCUCCUACCGAACCCGGGACAAACUCACUUCCAAAUGGUGCCACAUCAACAAAAAAGUCCGAAAGUUUAUGGGAGUUUACGAGGAAUGCUCCCGGUCCCGGAGGAGCGGCACGAACGACGCCGAUGUUCUCCGGCUUGCCACGACCCGGUAUCAAGACGACGGGAACCAAGGCAAGAAAGAAGGCAAAAUCCAUUGCCUCUGGUUCGGGUCUGUUUCCGCUUCUCCCCGCGACGAAAUCGGCCGGGCAAUGAUUGAACAACUUCGGGCGUUCAAUCUCCAAGAACAAGAGAGGUUGAAGCUUAAAGAGAAGGAGUUGAAGCUAAAGGAGCAGGAGGCCGAGAUGAAAGUCAUGCAAACUGACCCUGGGACGUUGUCGGAGUUUGGACGAAUUAUCUACGAGCAAAGAAUGAGAGAGAUCAAGGAGAAAUAUAAUUUACCUUAGUUUUUUUAUUAAUGUAUCUUUUUUUUAAAUUAUUGUCGCUUUUUUUAUUUAAUUAAUGUGUUUUUUUAUUAUUCGUGUUUCAAUUUAAUUAAAUAAUAAAUUAAGUACAUUUUAUUAAUUUAAUUUUAGAAGAUGUAUAUUUAAAAAUGUAAAAAAUGAAGGUUUGAAGCCCAG